GGGGUAUCUCGUAUACCUCGAAGGUCGAAAACAUCGGUCUUAUAAUACAUCGAACAGCUGUAGUCAGUCGCAAACAUGGCCGCCGUCGUUCUGCAAGGGAGCCUGCAUCCUUUAAAACAGCAACUGGGUGCUACUACUGCUGUGGUCAAUGUCAUCCAUCAUGCCUCCUUCAGUUCUGACAUUCGUCCUAUCAAGAAGCCAGCCUUGUCGCAAAUGCGCAAGGGUGCUGGAGGGAGAUCCAGUUUCAAUGGUGUAGUUGCCACAAUUUUUGGCUCCACUGGUUUUAUGGGUCGAUAUGUGACUAAUGAACUUGGGAAGCAUGGCACACAAAUGAUUCUCCCUUACCGUGGAGACAAUUAUGAAGUGGGACCUUUGAAACUUACGGGUGACCUGGGCCAAGUUUUGUUUCAUCCAUUUGACCUAAAAGAUGAAGAUUCAAUUCGGCGGGCUGUUAAAUAUUCAAAUGUAGUCAUUAACCUUAUUGGGAGGGACUGGGAAACAAAGAACUAUAAGUUUGAGGAUGUUAAUGUUCAUGGGGCUAGAAGACUGGCAAGGAUUUCUCGGGAAAUGGGUGUAGAGAAGUUUAUUCACCUUUCUGCUCUGAAUGCAACACCUAAACCUGAGCCCAAAAUGCUCUGGAAUGGUUCUGGGGUUUUGCGAUCCAAAUAUUAUGGCGAACUGGCUGUGCGUGAAGAAUUUCCAGAUGCUGUAAUUUUGCGCCCUGCCCUUACCUAUGGCAUGGAAGAUCGUUGGCUUAUGCAUCAUGCUGGCAUGUUCCGCUCAAGUGGGAAAGCAUUCCCACUUUACAAGAAGGGAUUGGGAAUUACAAAAAUGCCAGUCCUAGUCAAUGAUGUUGCAAUGGCAAUUUAUGAAGCGAUCAAAAGUACAGAGAGUGCAGGUCGCACAUACCAAUUAAUUGGGCCCCACCGGUACAGUCUCAAUGAUUUGAUGCUGUGGAUCAUGAAUGAAAUGAGAAUGAAAGCUGAUGAAGACUUCCGGGUUACUGAUAUACGCUUUGACCCUAUUCAAAUUACAAAGGUCCUACUUGCAGAACUCCUUCCUGGAACACCUAUCAAUAGUUUGCACAGAGAGAUUAUGGAAAUGGAAGCGACAACAGAUGAAGUUGAUUAUUCUCUUCCAACUAUGAUAGAACUUGGUAUUACACCAUCACCCAUGGAAGAUAAUAUAACUUGGCUCUUGAAACCAUACAAGCAUCGCCCUUACAUGACUGUUGAGGAUGGAGACUUUGAUAAAGUUAUACCACCUAGGCCAGUGGAUUAAAUCAGGUCUUUGGUAGGGAGACUAGAUGCCAUGCUUGUAAUUUUAUUGUUAUGAAACAUUUGUAAAAAUAUGUAAACUACCUGCUUAACAGAUUGUGUAAAUAAAACAAACAAAAGUAUGGAACCAUUUA